AUGGACAAGGAUUUGGGACUAGUCGUCAUAGUAAACAUUUUUUACCUUGCCAAGACCUACGCAAUGGUACUAGAAUCAACACUGUUGGACAGGCCGGUGGGUAUUUUCCGCGGUAAAUACGAGUGGGCGAAUGAAAACAGUCUUGACGGAGGCGACUGCUCAUUAUGGGUGCACGCUGCCACUCACCAGCUAGACGAUGGACAGUGGCAAUGUCAAGUCACCGCCAGCAACUUCCAUUUGCAGGAUGCCCUUUCCAGCCCGCCAGCUAAAUUGUUGGUUCUGUUGGCUCCAAAAUCGCCUCUAAUAUUCUUCAAGGACUCUCGCGAGUUGCCAGGACACAGACUCACGGUAGCAGCUGGGAACAGAGUUACGAUCGUCUGUGAGGUUGCAUAUGGUAACCCACCGUCGUAUAUCGAGUGGUUUUUAGAAAAAGAUCGCCUGACAGGAUGGCCACAAACCAACUCCUCAGAAGUGGAAAAUACACUAGUUGGGACACCGCGUUCCUUUCUAGAAAUUGAAUUCUCCAAAUCAUCCAAUGGCCGCCAGCUGGUCUGCAGAGCUCAUUACCCAUCAUAUCCCUCGCCUUACUACAAGGAUUAUUUUAUGAUGCUGAAUGUUACAUACGCUCCAGAAGUUUCUGUAAGUGGAAGUGACGAGAGCAGCCUGGCCAAUUUAGAAGAGGGUCUGAGUGCUCUCACCCUGGAGUGCCGAGCUGACGGCAACCCCAGCCCCUAUGUGUGGUGGACCAAGAACGGUCAAGUUAUCUCUACGAAGGGAGCAAAUCUGAUCCUUGUUCCAGUAUCUAGGAAUGAUUCUGGUAAAUACGGCUGCCACGCAAGAAAUUUUUUAGGGGAAUCCGUACCAGCGCAGAUAGAGAUUGAUAUAAAGUAUCCUCCACGAGUGAUUUGGGUGGGACCAAGCACAGUAAUAGAAGCGAACCUGUUCUCUCAACUUACACUGGAUUGCAAAGCUGAAGGCAAUCCCUCACCCUCUUACGCCUGGUUUUACAACUCACCGUCAUCGGCCCAUAUCAACCCACAACAGGACAGCAAGUCUCGAAUCUCGGAGACCCCUCGCAUAGAACUGCUCAACGUCUCGUACCACCAUCAAGGGUGGUACAUCUGUGUGGCUACCAACCAGAUCGCAUCGGAGGAUCGGUGAAAUAUCUUUUUAUUGCCUUAUAAAUAUAAUUUAACGUUUAG